AUGGUACUCAAUGGCAAAGUCAUCCAAGUCAUCAAGGAUUGCAAUCACUUCACAGCCAACCAAUCUCUUGUUAGGCUCUUCAAGCCAGUGAUAGAUGCAAUUGGUCAUUUGGAGCGAGCCAGAACAACUCUUUCGGAGAUCUGGAAAGAGUUUUUAAAUGUUUACAAGAGCAUCCGAGAUGCAGAAGUUUACUCCCAAUUCAAGCUGUUUGAAAGUCACUGCCUCAAUGUUAUUCAAUUGCAGACCAAAGUUUUCCACAAAGAGAUCUAUGUAAUUGCUUUCUUCCUCCACCAAGCCUAUUGUUGCGGAGCAGUUUUGAAAAAACAUUUACUUUCUGAUGUUGGUCAAAUGAUACUCUGUUAG